AUGUCGCGCUGCAUCCGCCACCGCGGCCCGGACUGGUCCGGCUGCGUCGUGACAAAGGAGGACGAGAGCGGCACAAAGGGCUCCAUCCUCUGCCACGAGCGCCUCGCCAUCGUCGGCAUUUCGACGGGCGCCCAGCCCCUCGUCAGCACCGACGGCAAGGUCAUCCUCGCCGUCAACGGAGAAAUCUACAACCACCGCCAGCUGCGCAAGAACCUCAAGGACCAGAACGCCGAGUUCAAGACCCAGUCCGACUGCGAGGUCAUCCUUCACCUCUACCGCGAGAUGGGCUCCGACUUUGUCAAGCUCCUCGACGGCAUGUUUUCCUUUAUCCUCCUCGACACGUCCGUCACCCCGAGCCGCGUCAUUGCCGCCAGGGACCCCAUCGGCAUCACGACCCUCUACCAGGGCGCAUCCUACAAGUACCCGGGCGCCGUCUACUUCUCCUCGGAGCUCAAGGCCAUCCACGAGGAGUGCGACCGCAUCCGCACCUUCCCGCCGGGCCACUUUUACGACAGCAGCCUGCCCGAAGGCCAGGAGACGGUGCGCUACUACGAGCCCAGCUGGUGGAACGGCGACGUCGACCUCGCCUCGAUCCCCGCGGGCGACGUCGACCUCAAGGCGGUGCGCGAGGCCCUCGAAAAGGCCGUCCGCAAGCGCCUCAUGAGCGAGGUCCCCUACGGCGUGUUGCUCAGCGGCGGCCUCGACUCGUCGCUCAUCGCCUCGAUUGCCGCGCGCGAGACCGACAAGCUCGCCGACGCCCAGCGGAAGGCGUGGGAGGAGAGGCAGGCGCGGAGGGCGCGCGGCCUCACGACGCCCGCCGGCGAUGCAAAGGCCCCCGUUCUGCCCGUCGGCCUCGACGAGGACGCCGACAACGAGGUCGAGAACCUGGCCGCCUGGCCGCGCCUUCACUCGUUCUCGAUUGGCCUCGAGGGCUCGCCGGACCUCAUUGCCGCCCGCCAGGCGGCCCAGUUCCUGGGCACCGUUCACCACGAGCACACCUUUACCGUCCAGGAGGGGUUGGACGCCAUCGCCGACGUCAUCUUCCACCUCGAGACGUACGACGUGACGACGGUGCGCGCCUCGACGCCCAUGUACCUGCUGUCGCGCAAGAUCAAGGCCAUGGGUGUCAAGAUGGUGCUCUCCGGUGAAGGGUCCGACGAGAUCUUUGGAGGCUACCUCUACUUCCACGCCGCGCCGGACCGCGAGUCGUUCCACCAGGAGCUCGUCAAGCGCGUAAAGAACCUGCACACGGCCGACUGCCUGCGCGCCAACAAGUCGACGAUGGCGUGGGGGCUCGAGGCGCGCGUGCCCUUCCUCGACAAACAGUUCCUCGAGGUGUCGAUGAACAUUGACGCCAAGCACAAGAUGUUUUCCAAGGGAUCCCUCCAGCAGCGCGACGCCGACGGACGCCCGCUCAUGGAAAAGUACAUCCUGCGCAAGGCGUUCGACGUCAUCCCGGACGACCUCGACGCCGGCGGCAACGGCGACGGGUCCAAGGUGACGGUGCCCGGCAAGCCGGCGCCCAAGCCCUACCUGCCCGAGUCGAUCCUGUGGCGCCAAAAGGAGCAAUUUAGCGACGGAGUCGGCUACAGCUGGAUCGACGGCAUCAAGGACCACGCCGAAAAGGUCGUCAGCGACGCCAAGUUUGCAGAGAGGCAGAAGCGCUACCCCGUCGACACGCCCGAUACAAAGGAGGCCUACAUGAUCCGCGAGAUCUUUGAAGGUUGGUUCCCCUCGGACGCCGCGGCCCGGACGGCGGUCCGAUGGGUGCCAAGAGGCGACUGGGGCUGCUCGAGCGACCCCUCGGGCAGGAGCGUCGCCAUCCACGACUCGGCCUACUCGACCGACGAGUAG